GAUGGAUCCAGGAGAACUACAUAGGAUGCGCAUCGCUGGUUUAAUAUCCCAGAGACAAGCACCACGUAACUUGCACACGCACUCCCUCACCACACCCACGUAACGCCAAACAACGCCAAACAAAAGCCGGCAUCGGACGGCAACCUGCUUCUUUUUCCUUUCCUCUUCUUCUCCAAUCUACCUCCAAACCUCCUCGUAUAUAUCUUUCCCGAUCUAAUCAUCACAAUGGCUACCAACAUCACCUGGCACCCUACCCUCUCGCGCACCGAGCGCAACCAGCUCAACGGCCAGCGCGGCCUCACCCUGUGGCUGACCGGUCUCUCGGCCUCGGGCAAGUCCACCGUCGCCACAGCCCUCGAGCAGCACCUGCUGCAACUCGGCGUCAACGCCUACCGCCUCGACGGCGACAACGUCCGCUUCGGGCUCAACAAGGACCUGGGCUUCUCCGAGAAGGACCGCAACGAGAACAUCCGCCGCAUUUCCGAAGUCGCCAAGCUCUUCGCCGACGCCUCCACCAUCGCCAUCACCUCCUUCAUCUCCCCCUACCGCGCCGACCGUGAGGUUGCCCGCGACCUCCACGCCAAGUCUGGCCAGGAGGGCGACGAGGCCAUCCCCUUCGUCGAGGUCUACGUUGACGUCCCCCUCGCCGUCGCCGAGCAGCGCGACCCCAAGGGCCUCUACGCCAAGGCGCGCGCUGGUGAGAUCCCCAAUUUCACUGGCAUCUCCGCCCCCUACGAGGAGCCCAAGAACCCCGAGAUCACCAUCAAGACCUACGAGAACACCGUCGAGGAGUGCGUGGCUCAGAUUGUCAGCUGGCUCACCGAGAAGGGCUAUCUCACCAAGUCUGCUUAAAUUGCUAGUUUGUUAAAGGUGUUCAAAGAAGGAUUGAAAAGUGUUAAAAGAGGAUUGGAUAUUACUGCCAUUGCGCUCCCAGUCAUCACUCCUGGGCAUGAUAGAGUUGAAUACAGGCGUUCAUGCAUGUGCAUCUCUCGUUCCCUCCCUAAGCUUCCAAGUUCCCCCUCAUAAUCAAGGAAACUCAACCUCAUAGU